GAGAGAAGCCCAGGAUACCACUAAUUGAGAGAGUGAGGAAGAGAGCAGCUCGCACCUCGCUUCUAACUGGACUGCAGGUGUGUGUAGCUUCUUGAGGUGGUGACAGAUCCACUCUGUGACUUUAAGCCAGAUUCAGCCACCAGAUCCCAGAAAACAUGACCCUAGCCGCCUACAAGGAGAAGAUGAAAGAGCUCCCCCUGGUGUCCUUGUUUUGCUCCUGUUUCUUGGCUGAUCCCCUGAAUAAGUCAUCCUAUAAAUAUGAAGGCUGGUGUGGGAGACAGUGUAGGAGAAAAGAUCAAAGCCAGCGGAAAGACAGUGCUGACUGGAGAGAAAGAAGAGAGCAGGCAGACACGGUGGACCUGAACUGGUGUGUAAUUUCUGACAUGGAAGUCAUUGAGCUGAACAAAUGCACCUCGGGCCAGUCCUUUGAAGUCAUCCUGAAACCGCCUUCCUUUGAUGGGGUGCCUGAGUUCAAUGCCUCCCUGCCGCGGCGGCGAGAUCCAUCACUGGAGGAGAUCCAGAAGAAACUAGAAGCAGCUGAAGAGCGACGGAAGUACCAGGAAGCUGAACUCUUGAAGCACCUGGCAGAAAAACGAGAACAUGAGCGGGAAGUGAUCCAAAAAGCCAUUGAGGAAAACAACAACUUCAUUAAAAUGGCUAAGGAAAAACUGGCCCAGAAGAUGGAAUCCAAUAAGGAGAACCGGGAAGCCCAUCUUGCCGCCAUGUUGGAACGUCUGCAAGAGAAGGAGCCGCCUGCUGCGCGGUGACUCCAGGGACCUGAUCGGUGGCCUCAUCCCAUGGACAAGCACGCGGAGGAGGUGCGGAAAAACAAGGAGCUGAAGGAAGAGGCCUCCAGGUAAAGCCCAGAGGCCAAAGAAGUUUCCAGAACAGACGGGACAGCCGCAGCAGCUCCGCAGUCCCCGAGGCAGCCCUGCGCCACCGGCUGCUCUCCCAGCACUGGGGUUUGGGGGGAGGGGGAGGGUGGCCCAGGGGCGUUUCCUCUGCUUUUGGUGUUUGUGAAUGUGAAGAAUUGACCAGUGAAGCCAUCCUAUUUGUUUCCGGGGAACAAUGAUGGGGUGGGAGAGGGUAGAGAAGGAGACAGGUUGGGAAACGGAGAUGGAGAAGAACUCACAGACAUUGCAACACGGCCCACUCCGGACUCAGGUCACGCCCUUUACUUUUCUUAACAUUACUGCCUGGACAUUGAGCGCCCAGGCGCCAUGUUGAGGGAAGUUGAAAACUGGGGCAGUAGAAGUUCA